UAAAAGAAAAUAAAGCGACAAGGUAUUGAAAUUUAAGAUGUGGGUAAUAUCGAAGUAAAACACAUAUCUCAUUGAUUUAUUUGUUUUUUUGGCGGGGGAAAUGCUAUCUUCUUGUAGUGGUUAAUAGAGAUAAAUCUCCCGACCCCCCCAUUCCCUCCGCCUUUGUUGUGUUAUUUUUUGCGUUGGGCGAGUCCAGUCUCUGCAAUAGCUUGCUAAGCGUUCGCCAUGCCGUCCCAUUCCCGAAUCUUCCACCACUUUGAGUGCCUGCAGGGGCAGGCGACGCUCAGCAACUUCAAGAUGAGGUGCAAGCACUGUGGGAAAGAGGUAUCUGGAUCCUGCAAGGCAACCUCCAACUUCUACACACACAUGAAGAGACACCACGCAGACAUCCACCAGGAGCUAAAAGAGCCCCACACUGCUCCCGAAACCGCACCCAGGGAGCCCCGCUUGACCCUCCCCUCCUCCUCCCCCCAUCCCGGGACCUGGAACUCUCGCGACCCGCGCCAGCGCGCCCUCACCGACGCCGUGGUCGACUUCCUGUCCCACUCCCUCCAGCCCCUGUCUCUGGUCGAAGACCCCUCUUUCAAGACCCUCCUAAAAGUCGCCCAGCCCUCCUUCUCCCUGCCCACCCUGGGUCGUCUCCGAUACGAGAUCCUGCCCGCCAGGACGGCCAGCCUCUACUCCGCUGUCUCCUCCCGGCUUUCCAAAAUCUCUGGGCUCUGCCUUACUCUGGAUGUGUGGGCGGAAAGGGGGCGGGGCCGGGGGCGUGGCCGGUCGGUGGUGGUGGUGGGAGUGGCCGGCCACUACAUCCAGGACUCUUCCUUUCGCGCGGGAAGCGUCCUGCUGGCUUGCAGGAGGGUGAGAGGCGGGUCGACACAGGAGCGGGAGGAGGGAGUUCUCUCAAACUACCAGGAAGUUAUCUCCAGCUUCGGACUAGAGGACAAAGUGGUGACCCUGAUCACGGGCAGCGGGGUAGACGACGGAGCGGCGGUCGGGCUUCCUGGCUGGGAGGAUGAGGGAGAGGAGGAGGAAGAGGACAGCGACAGCGGCGAGAACGGGCUCAGCAUGGCGGCCGAACCCGGCUACGACCCGGGCCUGCCCCUUUCCCCUCUGCCCCACUGCUUCCCCUGCUUCUCUCGCGCCCUGGAGUCCGUCGUGGGCGACGGGCUGAGACGCGCCGGUCACCUGACCUCCGCUGCUGUCCGCAGAGCCAGCAAGCUGCUUGCCGACCUCUCCCGUCGGGAGAUCUCCAGUCCGGGGCUUUUCAGUGACCCACAGAGGCGGCAGGAGCAGCAGCAGCAGCAGCAGCGGGGCUGGACCGCCCAAACCAGGGCUUUGAGAUCCGUCGUCCUGGAGAUCGCAGAAGAAGAAGAAGUAGAAGAACAGGAGCCGGCGCUGGAGCACAGCUGGCAGCCCCUGCCUCGACCUCCCCCUCCUCCUGCCUCUCCUUCUCUGGCAGACUUCCCAUCAGACCGGCUCUCCGAACCAGAGCUCCAAGCCUUGCGGGAGCUCUUGGGAGUCCUGCGGCCAUUCGAGCUAGCGAUGGAACAAGCAGAAGGGAGUGGAGGAGGAGGAGGAGGAGGAGGGAGGACAGCCAGCUGCGUCCUGCCUUGCAUCCGAGGGCUGAGAGCCGAGCUGGAGGAGAUGGGGCGCCGUGGGGGAUCGGAGCUCCUGCUGCUGGCUCUGAGGUCCUCCAUGGAGAGCCGGCUGUCGGGGUACGAGGGGGAGGAAGCCUUCGUUCUGGCCGCCGCUCUGGACCCCCGCUGGAAGCUGGACUGGUGCUCCGGCAUGGCCGAGGCCCUGGAGGUCAAGAAGCUGCUGGCGGGGAAAGUGGCAGCCAUGGCCGCGUCACCAGACCCGGUUUCCUCCGCUCUCCAGACUCCUCCCAAGAAGAAGACGAUGAAGAUGACGCAGACGCGUUCGGGUCUGUUCAGGUUCAUGGCGGCCCCAGAACGUCCCGCGCCGGGAGGAGCAGCGUCCGCCUUCUCGCCAGCAGAGGCCUCCCAAGUGGAAAUCUACUUUGGGCAGCCUUGCAUCCCCGAAGAUGCUGACCCGCUGGCUUUCUGGUACCACCACCAGGAGGCGCUGCCUCACCUGGCGCACCUGGCCACCAUGUACCUGGCCACGCCCGCUUCCCCUGCGCCCGUGCGGCGGCUCUUCUCCCUGAGCGGCGGGGGCGGGAAGGCCUUUGGGCCCCUGGGGACCUCUCUGUCGGAUUUCCGUUUUGAGGAGAUGAUGUUUCUCCGUUGCAACGGGAUGUGGAAGUGACAGCAGCAGAGGCUCGGCUGGGGCUUAAAAUCUCAACCCUGCUGCUGUUCUGCUUCUAGAUCAAAUCAGAUUUUUUUUUAUAUAUAUAGGAUUGGUGGUCCAGUAGUUAGAGAAAAAGAGGUUCAUGAUACCAGGAGGUUCAAAUCACCACUGAGUCAGUGAGAGACCCUGAGCAAGUCACUGAACCUCCUUGUGCUCCGUC